AUGUCGAGAAGCGACCAUGAAGACGACUGGAUUGGUGAGGUGCAGCACCGCGAGGGCUUCGUUCUGGACGAGCAGACCAUGAGCUCGUUGGAAAUCCCCGAUCGAGAAGUGACCUAUCGCCGUGCCAACGUGGAGACUCAAUUUAUGUCUUCGCGCUUCGAUUCUCAGACCGAAGACGUUUUCGCGCCACCUCCGCCAGGAAAAGUGAUGUUUACUACCAGUCCAGCCACAUUGCAGGAUUUGGAGGACGGUUCCUCAGCUGUGCUGGGCUUUGAACACAAGUCCACCGACUUUGGUCUUGGCGCUGCAUCAACAGGAGGCGAAUCGACCGAGUCGCAGGUUUUCGUACCCACCGCAGAGGUACCCGAUGCACGAGAAGUAGGUUAUCGUCAAGUGAACCCCAUGUUCGAGUCGUGCGAACCUGCCGACGUUAUCUUGCACACGCUGCACAAGGCGAUGCGAGCACAAGACGUCGAGUUCUCGUGUAGUCCCGACUGGACGAUGGACGCUUAUGCGCUGAUCACGGCCGAGGAGCUGUUCUUCAACGUUCAGCUGCAUCGCUUGGCCAUGAAGUCGACUAUCCGCGUGGACUUUAAUUUGCGCUCGGGUGACGAGCUCAAGUUCCUCGGGUUGAUGGACUCCAUUCGCAAGGAGUGCAGGUCAAUCGACAAAGACCUGAUGGGAUUGCCAGAGCUAAGGUUGGUGUCUCUUUACUACUGGUCAGCACCCGGAGAACUCUUCCCCGGAUCUCUCUCAGUGGACUCGCAGGAGCUGUCGAUGUUGCUUCUUGAAAUCAACUCGGAGUCGCCGCCGUUCACGCGGUACGAGGUGGCUAAACGCCUGAAAGAACUCUGCCAGUACGACUCCAACCGUCGCGCACUUGCUGACCUGCUCAAGGAGCAGUUCGUCACGGGCUUGCAGUCGAUGCUCAAGGAUGACAAUGAGGACAUCGUCCGGUUCGCCAUCUACACCAUUUUGAACUUUGCUGACGACAUCUCGACCCUCAACGACUUGGAGCUGCCUCGGUUGCCUGAAACACUUCGUGACAUCUUGACGCUCUCCCAGAAGGAGUCGACUAAAAAACUCGCUGGCGAUCUCUACAAAACCAUCAACGCCGUCUGCUAGGCUAGUGUAUAUUCAACUGGUGGGAAGAUUGCAGAGACAGAGACAAACAGUGAGUGGAAACGGGGUGCUUUUGGCCUCUUGACGGUUGCCGGCUAUCGUGACGUGUGAGCGAUGGUAGAGCGAGGUCGUCUUUAGUUUCAGCCUACGUUCGCGAGCUUUGGCGCUCGACGGCUAUUGUAAAAUGUUUAAUGCCACAUAAAGCCGCUAAA